CUAAAAGUUCCCGCUCCACUGACAUGUUGGGUUGACGUUUGAAUCUUAGUAAGAAUGUCCCGCUCCAGCCUGUUAUAAAUGCAAAACAGCUCUGAAGUCUGAAAUGCCGUACACACAUUAAACCAUGUUCACUCUAAUCCGUACAUACCCUGUUGCCUCGAAUGAAAAAAAGAGGGAAAGUACAGUUUUGGCGAUUCAACCUAAUUCUCCCUGCGUCCACUAGAGUUGCGCAAAUUUCCAAACGUUGACGGUGAGAUUAAAUCCAGAGAGCUUCGAUUGCAUUCCACAAAGCUCGGAGUGCAUAUACACCGUCCCGUACAAUACUUGUACUCAAGCAUUCUCCUUCGUAAUUAAUAUAAUAAUAUUAAGAUAAAGACAUGUGAAUACUCCCACGCAUCUCAAUGAACGAUACGCAUACGCUUAACCGUAUAUAUAAUGAAUUGAGAGGCGUGAGUUUAUAUGUUGAGGGAUAAUCUUAACCUUUUACUGUGCAAAGACCUACCUAUACUUUUCUACCCUGCAACUAUUGAAAAUACAAGGGAAUGGCGAGGGCAAAAUUGCAGCUGAAGACUAUUGAAAACCCAGUAAGCCGUCGGUCUACUUUCUCAAAGCGCAAAACAGGACUGUUGAGAAAGGCCAGCGAGAUCUCAAUUCUUUGCGAUGCGGAAGUUGCGCUCAUUAUUUUCUCGCCAUCGGGAAAGCUGUACGAAUUUGGCAGCCCCAGCAUGAACAGAAUAAUGGAGAAGUACCAGAAGUUUACUACUAUAAAAGACCAUACAUCAUUUUCAGAAACUACAGAGAUGUUACGUUUGGAGCUGGAGAAUUUACGAAGGAGGAUGAAAAAUUUACAAAAUAUGUACAAACAUAUGAUUGGUGACGACUUGGGUUCGCUUAGUUUUAAGGAGCUAAAACAUCUCGAGAAGCAAAUCAGCUUGGGUAGCAGAAAGCUGCGCUCAAGAAAGGAUAAAAUUUCAGUAGAGUAUAUUGGGUUUCUGAAAAACAAGAAACUUCUGGGAGAAGGAAACAAGAGAACAAAAUAGGAGAGUGUCUCCGUAUUAAUAGCGUUCGGAGGAAGAAUAAAAAACUGUAGCAUCAGAGUGUUGAGCAGGAGAUCAGUAGCAACACUUACAAAAAACCAGUUACAUUGUAUCUCAGGAAAGUGAGCAUAUCCUGCAGUUCUAGAAAGACCUACCUGUUAUUCACAGCAGUAGUAAAGUAGUUUGUAAAUAUUUUUGUAAUCACAAUAAGAAAGUUUUGGUAAAUGAUAUAUUGUGAUAAAUACGUUUUCUUUAUUUGGACUCUUGUUUUAGCUCCUUUGAUCUCCAUAAUAGUUUGGUUUGGAUUUUGUUCCAUCAAAUUGAUGUCAGAACUAUAAUUUGUUUAAUUUUACUUCAACAAACUGAUAUUAGAAUUAUAGACUGUUGUUUUGUCUGAUUUUAUUCUAUCAAUACGUGCUGCAAAGAUGCUGUAAGUUAUUUGUUCUAUUGAAUAAUUCAUACUAUAAGUAAUUAUUUAAAUAUUAUUGGAUGAAGAUUUUAUUGGUUUGAAGUUAUGGUUAACUUGAAAAGUUAUUUCUCUUUGGAAGGUUUUUUUGGCUACCUAUCCUCCGCCUUCCUCGAAUAUUAUGACCACAAAAACGGAUUCUUUGCAACUUGG